CUAAGUAAGUAGGUAUAGCUGGCGCAUAUGACUGCGUCUAGAAACGGAUCAGGAAAUGUGUUCGCGUUUAGUCGUGACCGAGCUUAACUAUUACGAAGUACUCAUCGUUACCUAUAUAUUACUACAUACCUAAUGUAGCCGCGAUACCACAUAUGCGUGUACAUAGUUGUUGAUACUUAUUAUUUUUUUUAUCUUCCCCACAAAAUCUCGUGUCCGAGUUAACACGAAUUAUAUUUAAUUUUACAGUGUGGUCCUAUUCCUGUAUAAUAAGCGUAUAAUAAGUAAAUAUAGCUACCAGUUUUCAGACGUGACGUGAUGUGAAAUACCAAAAGAUAUUAUUACUGUCCAAUCGAUAUUUUCUACCACGGAAACGUAAAAUGACAUUGCUACGUCACUUGAUGUUAGCCCUAUGCCUAGCUUUAUUUUGUAUGAUAGAAUGGACAAGUGGUUCGAAGUUGAAGAAACAGAAGGAGACAACAAUGAUGAAGUUUAUCAAGUUACUAUUCUAUAGGCUGAUUUACGGUUUCGCCAAUAUGAUCGGCAUGGGAGAAGCGGCUGAAGAAUUCGGCGACGGAGUGUUAGCUCCUCAGGACAGCGAUUAUCGACAAGAAGACGCAGAAGACGAUUAUUACAACGAUAAUAAAAACGAUGAUUAUUACAAUUACGACGAAUAUUGAUGUCAAAACCGUUGCUUAUAAUAUUAAUAAAAUAUUAAAAAGUGUCUAAUUAAUAAUAAUAUUACUAUACUCCAUUCAAGUUUAAUUAACUCACUUUUGAGCAUUCUUAUUGAGCUUACAACCAUACAUAAGUGAUGAUGUGAUACUUUUAAUACACUUCAUUGUACCUUGUCAGUUGUCACGCAAAAUUUUCUAUGUUAUACGUUUGUAAAAUGGAGAUACUGUAUAGAAUAACGCCUUCUUAGUGUUUGCAAUUUUUGUUCAAAAAAUUAUUUACCGAUAAUUAUAUUGUUGCAAUACAUGAGUUAGGUAAUAUUAUUACUAAUUAUAAAUUUUUAUAAAAUAUA